UUAUUCCUAGCGGGCCAAGAAAACACGGAGGGCAUUCAAGUCCUUGCUUAUAAUAAAGACUUAGGGAAAGGUCGGCUUAUCUAUUAUUUAUUAGGAGGGGUGAACUUUUGGGUUGACAGUGAUAGCCCACUCAGUGGCAUAAUAACAAGACGUCAAGUCCCUGAAUUGCCCCAAUCCACCAUCAGUCUUGAAAAGAUGAAGAGGUGGAUGGUUCAGUCUAGGGAGAACCACAAGCACGUGAACACACUCACACGGCUUCCUACAAGAGUCCUCAGAGCCAGCAAAGACUCACAAGAAGUUAUUCUCUGUGAUCUAGAAGACCAGUACGCAGAGUAUGCCGCUCUUAGUCAUUGCUGGGGCUCUUCCAGGCCUUUCAUGUUGACUUCCAAUACGAUCCACAGUCUUCGGUCAGGUAUUCCGACGAGUGACCUUCCUAAAUCCUUUCAGGAUGCUCUUUGGUUGACUUGCCAGCUGCAAAUUCCAUAUCUCUGGAUCGACAGUCUAUGCAUCUUGCAAGACAACCCUAAUGACUGGAUUCGUGAGUCAUCUAGGAUGUCCGAAGUCUACGGAAACGCAUCCCUGACUAUCGCUGCAUGCCGGGCCAAGGACAGUUCCCAAGGUUUCCUGGGCCCCCGAACGGUGUACGAAAAGAUAACUCUGUCCUUUCAUGUAAAUGGAAUAUCUAGCGAGGUAUUUGCCUGUGUCUCUCCACUGAAGUAUGUUGGAGAGCCCAGCCGGAUCAUCGAUUUGGAGGACGAACCAUUAUCAGGGCGUGCUUGGACACUACAAGAGCGAUAUCUCUCACCUCGGAUACUGCAUUUCACGCACUCGCAAACCUACUUCGAGUACGGGUCAAGUUUCUUGGCGGAAGACGGCUGUACUGUGCGCCCGCCGCCGUCCAAUCCCGAUACUGUCAUCGGUCAAUACUUGAUUCCAAAGGCGACACCGCAGUGUUGGAGAGCCUGGAGAAAGAUCGUCACACGAUACUCGAGACGGAAUCUUACCUUCGAAGCUGAUAAAUUACCGGCAUUGGGGGGGAUAGCUGCCCGUUUCGCAGCCGAAUCCAUAGGAGAAGAUGGCAGUUCGGACCAAAGCGACUGUUAUCUGGCGGGCCUAUGGAGAGAUGAUCUUAUCCGCGGUCUAUGUUGGAAUUCUGAUUUUCCCGAUCUGAGCCCUGCCGGCAUCUCUCAGGCACCGACUUGGUCUUGGGCUUCUACGCGAUCGUCCAUAUACUACGGCACUGACUGGUUUGAUAAGAUGGAAGACCUUGCUGUGGUUCGAGAUGCAAGAGUGGAACUGGAGACCCCUGGAAACUUGUUUGGCAGGGUCACUGGUGGCCGGAUAUUGAUGGGCGUGACAAGGUUGAGGGUACACAGGAGGCCGGACAGCCCACAUUUGUGGUGUUGCGAAGAUGAUAAAAUCUUUCGCAUCGGGACAUCCUGGGAUGGUCGGAAGUAUCUUGCACCAGAGGCCGGUAGACCAGCGGUCUCUGCUAAUGACGAGACUGAGAUUUUUGCAGUUCCUCUCGGAUGGAUCAAGAACCACCUCACGUUACCUGACAGCCCAGACGGCCUGGUAGGCCCUUUCUUUAUAAUUCUAUUAUUAGACGAAGAUAGCUUGCACCUAGGCCAAGUGCCAACGUUUCGAAGAGUUGGGUCAGGGUCCGCCAUAGCGUUUCAUGACCCGAGAGAGGGCUUGGAUAAGGUAGGGCUAGAGAGAUUGAUAUCAGACAGGUUUAGGGCCGCUAAGGAUGAUGGAAAGCUUGAGGAUAUUAUAAUUGUAUAAAGGGUUCUCUGGGAUGCUCUUCUUAGUUUAUUACUUGGGUUUGGACUUAAGCAUUGGUCUUCG